GACGUGUGUGUAUCCGUACAGAGAGAUAGAGGGGGAGAGCGGCCCUGAUGGAUUCAAUCAAUUCCUUACCUUCAUUGCCGCAACUCUCGACCUUCGACUCGAACUGAGACGCCACUUCUCUGAUUGCCCUGCUCUAUUCCCCGCCAUCCACCCAUCCAUCCAUCCCAUUGCCUUGUGCAUCCCAUCACCCCCCAUCCCAUCCCAUCCUGCCCCCCUCUGCACCCGCAUCACCUCGACCUCGCCGUGUCUUGCGCCUUCUUCCCGGUUCUUACCUACCUUAGCAGCCACCUUCCUGCGUUGGCUCACCCUCAGCAAUACCUUGUCUCCCCCAAUCAGAGCUUCGUGCCUUGCCUUGCAGAUACCUCACCAUCACCCUAAUCCCGCCAACCUCCUCUACCUCUAUCUAACACGACAGAUACCUAAUUACCACCCUUUACAUGAACGCCAGCCGCCAGCGUCACCCCGACUACCGAACCUCGUCAUCUUCCGGUCGCUCCCCAUAUCAUCCAAGCUCAGACCACGCCUACCCGUACCUAAAGACUUCGUAUCGCGAUCCAUCUUGUUCGACUCAUCCCCAGCUGUUCGUUUUCUCUCGACACUGCACGCCGUCCACAUACACCGCAGGGAAUAAUCCAAAAUCCCACUCCAUAUUUCUACCAAUCGCCCGCGCUCCUGCUUCACCCGCUCGCGCCUUCCGUCUUGGCCACCUGGUUGCAACAACACCACUGCCCUCCGAAUUUCAUUCAGCUCGAUUCACCAACACAACCACAAACAAUAACAGCAGCGAGAUUACCUUAGCUUUCCUCGCGAGGACGCAAUCGCCUGAUCACAUCGUACCCAAGAGACAUAAGCCAUAAUCAAACACUCCACCUGGCUUCCGAGAACACCACAAUCACAAUCACGACAACCGUCGACGUUAGGAUAUCGCGCAAGUCUAAGGGUUCCCAACCACAAACGACCCCGUCGCAUCCCAUCUCAACACAGCGCAACACAUCUGAUGAAUCGCUGUCGCAGACCCGCGUGCUGCUAGUAACUGGACGCACCUUAGAUCCAGUUACACACUUCCUCUUUGCUCCUCCGUGGAGCCUGUCGCCACGCUCCUGGUCGCCAUCGCACAUCGACGCUGCCGCUGCGCCCCUCUCGCAAAAUCCCGCUCGUCAUUUUUGGUCUUCACUCCCCCGCCUCGACCUCUCCGGCUCGUGUCUCUGGACUUUUUUCUCUCACCCCACCAAACUACUGCCCAAGACCGGCAGCCCGACUUGUCCGACUGUCAUCUUCUCGCGGGAACUACUUGCAUCGGCUGUCAAGUUGUCUGAUAUCAUACCAAUCGAGGCGCGAGGCCAGCCAUCACAGACGGGAAUAGCGGAUUGACACUGCGCACAGCUGCUUCAAGUCGUUGCACUGCAAUCAGACACCCGAGCUUAGUCUGCUCAUCACAGGACGAAGCAUCACCAAUCCAAGGCCGUCACAGCGGCGCGCACCGCCGCCCUCGAACUGCCAGUCUGGACCCUCGAGCUCGACUUGUUCCCCCCAACUUGUCCCCCACACUACCCGACCCGGACGACACCUCGCAUUCCAGCUUGCACAUUCCACACAGCCUAUCAUGAACGGCACUCAACAGACCCAAGACGCUGUCGCACAAGAGCCAUUGCAGUCAGCAGCCGCCAAUGUCAAUGCUGCUGCCAACGCCAAUGGUUCGUCGACGGCGGCUAAGAAGCGUAAGAAGGAGAGCCUGAAGCCCAUUAUUACCACCGAGACACCACCAACCCAUCAAUUGUCCGCUGCUAUGCAGAACUCGCCGACUUCGACAUCAUCCGGCGAAGACCCCGCCGAGAACACAGCCGACGAGGAGGAUUCCGAGGAUUACUGCAAGGGCGGCUACCACCCCGUCCAGAUUGGCGAAAAGUUCAAGGACGGAAAGUACACCAUCGUGCGCAAGCUUGGAUGGGGCCAUUUCUCCACCGUCUGGCUUUCUAGAGACAACAACUCUGGCAAGCAUGUCGCCUUGAAGGUUGUUCGCUCUGCCGCGCACUACACCGAGACCGCCAUCGACGAAAUCAAGCUCCUCAACAAGAUUGUCCAGGCCAAGCCAGACCACCCCGGCCGCAAGCAUGUGGUCAGCUUGCUCGACUCCUUUGAACACAAAGGUCCCAACGGCACACACGUCUGCAUGGUGUUUGAAGUCUUGGGCGAGAACCUCUUGGGUCUCAUUAAGAAAUGGAAUCACCGAGGUAUCCCUACGGCUUUGGUCAAGCAGAUCACGAAGCAAGUACUGCUCGGCCUCGACUACCUACACCGCGAAUGUGGCAUUAUUCACACCGAUUUGAAGCCCGAGAACGUCCUCAUCGAAAUUGGCGACGUCGAACAGAUUGUUAAGAAGGUCGUUAAGAGCGAACCUGGCGACAAAGAGAACAACAGAAACGGUCGCAGGAGGAGACGCACUCUCAUCACAGGCAGCCAGCCGCUACCGUCUCCUCUGAAUGCCAGCUUCAACCACAACAACCUCUUCCCUAGCACCAACUCCAGUCUCAGCCAAGUGCUACACGAAGAUGGCAAGACAUCUAGCAACGCUUCCCCGAAGCGCGACGCUGAUCAAAAGACGCGCGAAAAGACAGCUGAUCUCCUCACAAAGGAAGUUUCCGGCAUUUCACUCGACAAGACCAACUCACCAUCUUCAGGGGAUAAGCGCAAGGCGGAUGAUGCGCAUGCAUUCGAUGUUAUCAGCGUCAAGAUUGCGGAUUUGGGCAACGCCUGUUGGGUCAACCACCACUUUACCAAUGAUAUCCAGACCCGGCAGUAUCGGUCGCCUGAGGUCAUCCUGGGCGCGAAAUGGGGCGCCAGUACCGAUGUUUGGAGUAUGGCAGCAAUGGUUUUCGAACUCAUCACAGGAGAUUACCUCUUCGACCCUCAAUCCGGAACCAAGUAUGGAAAGGACGACGAUCACAUUGCACAGAUUAUCGAGCUUUUGGGGCCGUUCCCCAAGUCACUUUGCCUGUCUGGCAAGUGGUCCCAAGAGAUUUUCAACCGAAAAGGCGAACUGCGAAAUAUUCACCGCUUGCGCCACUGGGCUCUGACAGACGUCCUCCGUGAGAAAUAUCAUUUCAAAGAGGAGGAGGGAAAGCGCAUUGCCGAUUUCCUCACGCCCAUGCUUGAGCUGGUACCUGAGAAGCGUGCCAAUGCUGGAGGUAUGGCUGGGCAUGUGUGGCUCGACGACACGCCGGGAAUGAAGGGUGUCCGAAUCAAUGGGCUCGAGGUUGGCAGUCGAGGCGAGGGCAUCGAUGGCUGGGCGACUGAGGUGCGGAAACGGUAGGGAGAGUCAGAAACGAUGACCGCUUUGAAUGCAGGGGUGCCACCAAAGAUAUUAACGUAAUUUAUUUGAACGGUCACAGGCUCCCACUCCCCCUGCAUUGCAUCAUCCGCAUUUCUGCAUCUUUGUCGCCAGCGUUGUUGUACCCUGACUUUGGCUUGAUGUUCGCAACCUUUUUAUAGCACAAUGCGCGAGGUUCCGCUCCUUGCAAGUGCCUAUCACAGAAGCGCUUUGUUCGCUGCUAUACACUCGAAAACUACAACUUGACGAAAGUACUACGAAUGACAGCGGGGAAGGAGAGGAUGAUGAUCGAGGGAGGAGGUAACGAAGGAAGGAAAGGUGAGGAAAGCAGAGGAAACGGAAGGCAAGGGGAUGCAUAUGAGGGAUUGAGAAAGCCGAGCCACAAGUGGUGAAGCAUAAACAGAGUUUGACAGUCUCUGUCGGACACAAUGAAUAGAAUCUAGGAGAACAGGAAAGGAUGGAACAAAUGGGAAGCGCUUACCCUACG